UAUGAAGUGUACAAUGUUCACAUAUCGCGUUUACCGAUCGAUAUCAAUGGAGGACUCGCAUUUUUCGUGGUCUCCUGAGCGCUUCGUAUAUUUCGUGAAUCUAGUGUUCAGCUGAGUGAAAAAGUCUUAGAAAGUGUUGUUUUUGCUUAGUUACAUCACAGAAAGCUUGAAGAGCUUCUAAUAGGAGUGCAAAAUGUCUUUCAAAUCACGCAGGUGGUAACGAAGAAACAAUUAUAAAGUCACAACAAGUGUUGUGGUAGUACAGCGGGUGGGAAGCCAAUGGUCCGGGAGAGUCAGGGGGAUUCAGACUACAGCAACAUGAAUUCAGCCGUCAGCUCAGAAUCUAUGGACUUGGCUGAAGAGGACAUGUCCCAAGUGGACGGGUGCGGGCUAAGCGGCGGCUCGGAGGACGAAGACGAGUGCGCGUCGUCGCCGGCCGGCUCCGCUUACGAGGACGGCGCUGACGUCAUCAAGAGUGCCAUGAGCGAUGAGGUCACCAAGCAGCUGGCUGCCGCUGGACCGGUUGGCAUGGCGGCCGCGGCAGCUAUAGCGUCAUCGAAAAAACGUAAAAGGCCACAUUCCUUCGAAACGAACCCUUCAGUAAGGAAGAGACACCAGAACAGGCUACUUAGAAAACUUAGACAAACGAUCGAGGAGUUCGCGACGCGCGUGGGGCAGCAGGCCGUGGUGCUGGUGGCCACGCCCGGCAAGCCCAACACGUCGUACCGCGUGUUCGGCGCCAAGCCGCUCGAGGACGUCGUGCGCAACCUGCGCUGCAUGAUCAUGGAGGAGCUCGAGAACGCGCUCGCGCAGCAGUUCGGGCUGGGCGGGUGCCCGCAGGCGCCGCCGCCGCCGCUGGACGACCCCUCGCUGUUCGAGCUGCCGCCGCUCAUCAUCGACGGCAUCCCCACGCCCGUCGAGAAGAUGACGCAGGCGCAGCUGCGCGCCUUCAUCCCGCUCAUGCUCAAGUACUCCAUGGUGCGCGGCAAGCCGGGCUGGGGCCGCGAGUCCACGCGGCCGCCGUGGUGGCCCAAGGACCUGCCGUGGGCCAACGUGCGCAUGGACGCGCGCUCCGAGGACGAGAAGCAGAAAAUGUCGUGGACGCACGCGCUGCGACAGAUCGUGAUCAACUGCUACAAGUACCACGGCCGGGAGGACCUGCUGCCUGCCUUCACCGAGGAAGAGGACGACAAGAUCACCGUGCAGCAGGCGUGCGCGGGCAGCUCCAGCUCGCCGAGCGCGUCGGGCGCGCGCGCGCACGCGUCCGCCGUGCUCUCCUCGUCGCAAGUCUGCAUCGACCAGAUGACCCUCACCGACGUCGACAUGUCGCAGUACGCGCCGGCCGUGCUGCAGACGAUCACGAACCCGGAUGGCUCGGUGUCGCUGAUCCAGGUGGACCCGAGCAACCACAUCAUCACGCUUCCCGACGGCACCACGGCGCAAGUGGUCAGUAUCGAUACACGAUAUGCCGAAUCUACACGAAACUGGAUCGACGGAUCCUUUAAAAUCCACAGCGGGGAGGGCGGCGGCGUGGUUCAGGCGCUGGACGGGGACGGCGCGGUGGCCGUCGACCUCAAUGCCGUUGCCGAGGCCACGCUCAACCACGACGGGCAGAUCAUACUCACGGGCGAGGAUGGACACGGUUAUCCGGUUUCGGUGUCGGGCGUGAUAACAGUGCCGGUGUCCGCGUCCGUGUACCAGUCCAUGGUGGCUUCCAUGCAGCAGCAGGACGGCGUCUGCGUCGCGCCGCUCGUGCAGGUGGAGCAGAACGGCGAGACGUUGGAGGCGAUCUCCAUGGGCGGCGGGGUGGCGCAGGUCAUGCUGCAGGGUGGCGGGGAGGCGCAGGUGCUGCAGGUGCUCAGUCUCAAGGACGCCACAGUGCUCACCAAGGCCAUGCAAGUGAAGUCCGAGCGCGACGCGGUGGCGGCCGACUCCUAGCUGGCGCGCUCGCGCUCCCCCUCCCGCGCCCCGCGCGCCCCGCCCGCCCGGCGGCGCCGCGCCCCCCGGCCCGCGCGCACCCGCUACUGAAAUAACCUCUGCUUUACUAAGAAACUGAGUAGUUCUCGGAGAAGCCGGCCGUACACAGCGAAACGAUUUAAAUUUUACAACUCUUAGUAUAAAAAACCAAUACUUCCGUCAUGUGACACAUUUUGCAAUUAAAUUUUAGUAAUAUUUAAAACGAUUUUAUGCAUUACCCAAUUAUAUCUAUUGGAAAUGAUGAUUGGCAAACGUAGACGAAGCAUAGUGUUUGAACGUGUCGAGAGCGGGUAAAGGGUUAUAUUUUCUAGGAAUAAUUCACGAGUGAGAAUUUGUGGAACACGAUCAGUAAUACUGCUUUUUCAUUUUAAAAUUGGCUAAAUUAAUAAUAGAUGCGUUUAAGAUUUACUUUGUUCAAUUUUAAAGUUUCUCAUUAAUAAAAAGUAGGAUUACUGAUGUGUCGCGCGUGAGGCGUAUAUACAUCCUAAGUAGCGUAAUUUUAUUAAAAUACCUCCUUGGUCGGUGAACUAAGGAUCCAUAAAAUGGGAAUAACUAUUUAUUUAAUUUAUUCAACGAUUAAUUUAUUUUGGUUAUUAUUAAAAAUAUCUUUCAACGAAACGCGACUACAUCAUAUAUGAUUUAGUGAUUUUAAAUUAUUUGCUGUUGAUAAAGAUCCCAGAUUUGUGCAAUAUAUUUUUUUUUUACUAGACGCGUUUAUUUUACGUAGACGAUGAAAACGUAACGUUUAUUUUUAUGUUAAAAAUGUAUGUACAUUAUUAUUUAUUGCGUGAACUACAUUCCUCUAAUUAAUAAUUUAUUUAAGGAUAUUUGUUAAGUAAAAUGUUGUUUUAAUUUAUUUUUUAUUGUUUGUUACACGAACGUUUCAUUCUAGUCUACCGACAGUCAUUAGCGAAAACAUUCUAGUCUACUAAAGAUAUACAAAAAAAAAACUUUUAUAAUAAUUAAAUUUGUAUCAUACGUACCUAGGCGAAUUAAAGUAAUUGAUGUAUUUAACUGUACUUAUUGACGAUUUUCAUUACCGCGCAGGGUUUUAAAUCCAAUAUAUCGAUGUUUUAAAUGUGGUAAUAAAGUUUCCUUAGCAUUACCAGAGAUAUUUGACUCUAAGCUUACAAAUAGAGAAGCCUGGAUGUUAAUUGUCGGCAUUUGUACGUUAUUAAACCUAUAUUACUAGGUUCAUACGGUUUACCCUAAAAUUAUUAUUAAUUUAAAAAUUAUAGUCAAAACUAGUUAUAAGGAUAGAAGUCAUAGAAAAGUACAAAUCGAUAUAUUUUAAAUGUAUGAUGAAAUUUAUUUGUCGUACGAAAAGACAAGUGAUGUACCAAUUGUUUUGUCAUUUGAAUAUUUUAUUUAGUUUAUCAUGCGUUUAGUAAUUUAUUUUAAUUUAAACCAAAGAGCGAUUGUGUUUUGUCUUAUGUUUAGAAAUGAAAAGCACAAUUUUGUUGUUAAGUACAAUAAUUUGUGGUUGUAAAUAAUGGUAUGACUGUGUGAAUAUUGCAAUCAUUAUAAAUAAAGUAUUUACGUACAUU